AUGCGCCGACAGAGAUUAAGAAAACAACAAAACCUGCAAUCCACACGAUCAGUUCCAAACCAGUCUCACGCACUGCACCGAUUCUCACCCAAACCGAUCCCAAUGCACCCACUCGUUCGAGUCACGUCCACCAACCCCGACAAUGCACAGCUCCUACCCCGUGGCACUGGUGUGCCGUUUGAGGAUGAAGAUGAGGUUGAUCUAUUGGUUGAGACGGUACCAGGCAGUACGCAACAAAACGAUACGGCCUGGAUCAAUAUGCUACACAGUCCGCGGUCGAAACAUCGCUGA